UUUUCGCACGGCUCAGGGUAGCGAAAGGAGAGUUUUAACUGGAGAGAGGGGGGAAAAAGGAUCACUUCGUUAUUGGCUUGAUUGCCUGUGGAUACAAUUCUUUGGGAUUAGCACCAACUUUUCAGGACUGUAGUCUAUUCCUCAGUUCACCAUUGGACAGGAUACUCUUUCUGAGACUGGCUGGUUUGAUGUGGCACAGUGCUGAACCAACGGGAAGAUGACGGAAGAGGUGAUAGUGAUUGCCAAGUUUGACUAUGUGGCCCAGCAGGAGCAAGAGCUGGACAUAAAGAAGAAUGAACGAUUAUGGCUAUUAGAUGACUCCAAGUCAUGGUGGCGUGUUCGAAACUCCACAAACAGAACUGGCUUUGUACCUUCAAAUUAUGUGGAAAGAAAGAACAGCGCUAGGAAAGCUUCUAUUGUGAAAAAUCUAAAGGAUACCUUGGGUAUCGGAAAAGUGAAACGGAAACCAAGUAUUCGCGAUACUGCAUCUAAUGCAGAUGCGGAUGGUUAUCCUGACAAUGGAGAACGUCUCUAUGACUUGAAUGCUCCUGCGUAUGUCAAAUUCAACUACACAGCAGAGAGAGAUGAUGAGCUUACAUUGGUUAAAGGAACAAAAGUUACCGUCAUGGAAAAAUGCAGCGAUGGAUGGUGGCGGGGUAGUUAUAAUGGACAAACUGGUUGGUUCCCUUCAAAUUACGUUAUGGAGGAACCUGAGGUAACCACAAUGGAACCUGUGGGCUCAUUAACAGAGAGACUAGCAGUUGUGAUUAGUGCACACAAUGCCAAAGUACUUCAUGUUGUGCAGGCUCUAUACCCAUUCAGUUCUUCAAAUGAAGAGGAGCUUAAUUUCGAGAAAGGUGAAGUAAUGGAUGUUGUUGAGAAACCAGAAAAUGAUCCUGAAUGGUGGAAAUGUAGGAAAGCUGAUGGGCAAGUGGGUUUGGUACCUAAGAACUAUGUGAAUAUUAUGCAGACGUCACCACCAGUAAUUAGCGUUGGCCCCACACCACCUCGAUGUGACUACAUAGGAGCAGCAACCACUGGCAGGUUUGCUGGUAGUCCAUGGUAUUAUGGAAAGAUUACAAGGCAUCAAGGAGAAGUGGCUCUGAAUGAAAGGGGUGUUGAUGGAGACUUCAUAAUUCGAGACAGCGAGUCAUCGCCCAAUGACUUCUCGGUGUCCUUGAAGGCCCAAAAUAAAAACAAACACUUCAAGGUACAGUUGAAGCAAGGUCUCUACUGCAUUGGACAGCGCAAGUUUGACAGCAUGGAAGAUUUAGUGGAACAUUACAAAAAGGCUCCGAUUUUCACAAGUGAACAGGGAGAAAAAUUGUUUUUGGUUAAACCUUUAUCUUAAUGUUAAAGGGAAAGACCCAAUGAAAUGGAUUGGUCUUGCAGGGAAAAAUAGCAAUGGAGGCAAGGAAAAUCAUGAUUUUUUUUUCAGACUUACUGGCAAUAAUGACCUAAAACAACAGAUUCACUUAAUCUUUCAAUUUUAAACUACACUUGUGUCCCAUUGGCAUUGUACUUUGUUUAAUUUUGGAUAACUCUUUUGUAUGUAAAAAUUUUGUGCCUUGCUUCUGUUGAGCUGCUCAUUGUGAACACACUGCCUACAGUUACCUUUUAUCACCAAUUCCUUCUACGCUUUCUCCAAUAAUCUUGAAUCUUUUUUAUAUUUCACUUGCCAUAUAUUAUUUAUAUAUAUAUAUAUAUAUAUAUAUAUAUGUAUGUAUGUAUAUGUCAGUUACUCAGACAAUGUGAUGACACACCAAUUUGUGUACUACAGAAAUCAGUUUAGCGUAUCAAUGUGUGUGUGUGUAUGUAUGUGUGUGUAUAUAUAUAUAUAUAUAUAAUAUAUAUAUAUUAUAUAUUUCACUUACUAAGUCUUACUAAAGAUCUUUGAUUAUCUCUGUGUUUUAGAACCUUGCUGACCAGCUUGUAAUGUGUGAAGUGUGAGAUUUUAUGUAUUGUGCAUUUGGAAUAUUCAUUUGGCUUUUCUCAAUUUGUUCAGUUAUACACAAGUAAAAUCAAUCAACUGUGGUUUAAUUUGGUUGGAAUUCUUUUGGGAGAGGGUGCAAAUUGCAUCAGGAUAUGUGCUUUAUUGUGACAUAAAAUGUGGACAUAACAGAUUUUGCCUUAAAAUCUUUCAGACCAAAGGCUGUGUAUGAUUACUGUAAUGUUUAUAUAUAAAGUUACAGUUUAAUCACACUUUGGUAGGUCAUGCAUUGGGGUGUAACUUUAGUAAUAUCCUUAAAAUGUUUUUUUUGGCUUAUUUAAUUCCUAGAUCGAUUGCAGCAUAACUACUUUGAAUUGGUUUUUCAUGGUUGAUCACGGGCUUCACUUCAAAGCUUGCUUUGUUAAUGGUUCAUAUUAGGGGUGCAUCAUGUAUUGUGUUUAUCUUGUAAUACAUUUGUAAAGAAUAUCACCAUUUAAUAGAUAUUCUACAGUCACUGAUUAUAUCAGAAGUAAUUUUUCUGUUUUUCGAGAAGCUCCAAUUGUAUGCCCAGAAUUUUGGGCUGCAUUGUUGUUGACCUGGCAUCCAUAAUGCACCUUUAUUCCUAUAAUACUGUAUAGGCCACUGACUCAUUAUAAUGUACAUCCUGGAUAAUGCAAAGAAACUUCUGUUUUAUUGUUGGGAGAGAGGGGCAAGAGAAACAAACCAAGGUAGUCAGUUACUCAGACUGAAUGUGAUGACACACAAUUUGUGUACUACAGAAAUCAGUUUAGCGUAUCAAUAGAAAAGCUGUGUCUGAGUUAUCAGAAUUUUGAAUGAUAUUAUUUAUCUUUUAAUUUAUAAUUAAAGUCCAUCCCAUAGUUAUCAGAUUCACUCAAAAAGAUGGUGUGUAUUUUUACUGUUCUUAAGAUAGCAAUUGUACCAGGAAUUAUACCGGAGGUUCAAGGAGAAAAAUGUUGUACUUUGUCUUGUGUAACUUAAAGACCAGAGAUCAGAACCUUGUUGGAAGUGCAAAUUGAAAGAACCUAUAAAGCAGCAAUGUGCUGACACUAAUUUCCUACCCUGCUCUGCAAUUGUUCGAUGUUGACAAUGUGAAGGGGUCUGUAAUGAAUGAUGCUGAAGAUGAGUUGUUGGAGCAUAUUUUUAUAUAUUGAAUUUUAGACAACAUAAGGGUUUCUGAACCCUGGUCUUUUGAUGUUUAAUAUUGUUGUAAACCUAUAGAAAAAGUUGUUGAGUAUAAAGUGGCAUUUGGAAAGAUAUACUCAAAGCCGUUCAUGUAUUGUUUCUAAUCCAUUUUUUUGUUAUGAAAUUGCUUAACCAUAUGUGUACAUCCUUUUUUUCAAAUGUCAAGGGUAACUGUUAAAGAAUAAAAUACUGUGAAGUCAAAUUAUGUUUUGCUGUUCUUAGCGCAGCAGAUGUCCUACAUGCUUUUAGAAACUUUUAUAACUUCCUAGUAUGGUUGUGUUUAAUUAUUGCAAAACUCAAUAAAGUUUGUAAAUCAUCUUG